CGUGUUUUCUGCUCUUGCUGCUUCUCAAAAGUGUGUCAGCGGCAGGAAAGGAAGGCACGGCGCAGAUGAAAAAUGACUUCGUCCAAACACAUCAUCCCCGCUCACUCCAUCCCUCCACACGCUCUGACUUGCAUGGCAAAGGAGUGGCUUGCAGAGGACACACCCAACUUGGACCCGGCGGGGGUGUGCGUGGGGUCACAGGAAGUGGAGGCGAGGUUGCUGUGCAAAAGUUCACACAGCGUCUUGGCAGGGAGUCCUUUCUUUACCGCCGUGUUCACUGAGCUCGGCUGCAGCGUGGACUGGAUGUACCAGGAUGGAGAUGAAAUUGGUCCAAGAGCUGUCACACCUACUGCUGUGGUACGAGGUCCGGCCAGAUGCCUCCUCUUGGGUGAAAGGCCAGCUCUGAACUGCCUGGCCCGGGCCUCGGGGAUCGCCACUCGGUGUUCUCAGCUCCGGAAAGCGGCAACAGCGAGCGGAUGGCAUGGAGAAGUGGCAGGCACACGUAAAACCACCCCUGGUUUCCGCUUGGUGGAGAAGUAUGCCAUGCUGGUGGGGGGUGCGUCCAUGCACAGGAUGGACCUGAGUGCAAUGGUCAUGCUGAAGGACAACCACGUUUGGGCUUCUGGAAGUAUAACACAGGCGGUGGAAGCUGCUCGCUCAGUGUGUGGUUUCAGCAGUAAGAUUGAGGUGGAGUGUCAAUCCACGGAGGAGGGCAUGGAGGCAGCCGUGGCAGGAGCAGACAUUGUUAUGCUGGACAACUUCCAGCCACAGGAGCUCCAAACUGCAGCGGUUGCCCUGAAAGCAAGAUUCCCAGCUCUGCUGAUAGAAGCCAGCGGAGGAGUAACACCAGAAAACCUUGGAAAGUAUUUGGGUCCACACGUAGACAUUGUCUCCCUGGGCUGUAUCACACAAGGAUGCCCGGUUGUGGACUUUUCCCUCAAGGUUCAAAAGCCUGUUUUUCAGCCAAGCGGCACAGAUUUAAUGGACCCAUAAGUUGAAAUACUGAUUUUUGGCAGAGAUACUUCCUGUUGGAUUGGCUUUCCAGGUGAGAUUCAGAAGACUAACAAGGAUUUGUCACUCAGUGGUUGAACAUCUCUGUUUGAUGGCCUUCAUAGCUAAAGACCAACCCUGGAGAUAAGGAUCACGCCACACACAUACUGUAUCUGUCAACAAUUGCAUUUGUAAAUAAGGGACAUUUUCCAGAAAGUGAGGUAAAAUAAGUCUUCCUCCAGAAACCCAUCAGGUGUUCUUCAUUUAUUUUGAAGGUCUGACUUUACCGGCUACAAGAUGUGUUGCAGUGAUGUUGCCCGAGUGUUGCCAAGCGUACCGGAAGCAUGAAAGUUAAAAUACGGGGGAAAUAUGGGAAACCAUGAGGAAGGGCGCUGGUAAAGACGGGCAAAACACGGUAGUUUACCGGUGAAAACAGUGGGGGUUGUCACCAAAAUUUCCCUGAUUUUCCCUCGUAUUCCUUAUUUUUGGAAAAAAAUUCCCUUAUUUACAAAUGCAAAUCUGGACAGGUGUGCCUUGAGCGUACAGCUUCAAGUAGGUGAUACGGCAAAUUUUGGUAUCCGUCCGAUACCAUGUGAAUACAGGUGCAGUACCCCCCUGAUUCUGAUACUUGUUACAUGAACACUUAUACUUCAUUUUGUGAUUGUUUUUUUCUUUAAAAUCAUUGCUCGUGAUUAAUCAGCAUAAUCAGAAUCAUUCAUAAAUAGGCUGUUCAUCAGCUGGUCAAAAGUUGAACACCACAGCCUUUAAAAGGCAAAAUCUUGGAUUCAAUGUGGACUCAAUGUCAUUUUCUGUCAGGUCGGAUUGUUGAGCUGCGUAAGCAAGGCCUCUCACAGCACGCCAUGGCUUUCUUUUCUUGGGAGAAUGAACAGAAUAAGAAUUUCAUUGCACAGUAUAACUGCUUGUUUUACUAUGCAUAUGACAAUAAAACUCUUCAAUCUUGAAUCUGAGGUUGGACGCAGAAAGACACUAAGUCAUUUGAAACUUCUCAAAAGAUCCUGAGGGUUAUACAACAAAAAAAGUCAUGUGGUAGACCCAAAAACAUGUCACCGGCCCUGAGCUGGAAGGUCUGAUUGGCUGUCUGUGCAGACACGGGACAAUCCUUGGCCCAAAUGAAGGUUGUUACUGGUGCCGAGUGCAUUUCAAUAACCAUCAGACAGCACCUGUGAGAGAAGGUUUUUAAGAACAACAAAUGUCUUCAAAGGCCUCGUCUCCUUCGAAGCCGCACAGUUGCCCAUUUGGAAUUUGCCCAAGAGCACCAAACAUGGGACAUUGAAGGGUGGAAGAAAGUUUUAUUCUCUGAUGAGAAAAAAUGUAACCUUGACGGUCCUGAUGACUUCUAACGUUACUGGCAUGACAAGGAGUUCCCACCUGAGAUGUUUUCCACACGCCACAGUGGAGGGGGCGCCAUCAUGAUCCUUCAAUGGAACAAUGGAGCUUCAGGUUGUGCAGGGGCGUCAAAUGGCAGCUGGCUACUGUAUGUGGAGAUGUUGCAGGGGGCAUCCCUCAUGACUGAAGGCCCUCGUCUGUGUGGUAACGACUGGCUUUUUCAACAGGACAACGCUGCACUUCACAACAGGGAUGAAUGGAUAAUGCCGAGUACGAGCAUAUUUGCCGAGUACAGUUCAUCAUUAUCCGUAAUCUUGAUGAAAGAAAAUCCUCAUUAGGUACCUAAUUAUGUAUUCACUCUCCACGCUCUAUGAUCGGCAAGUCACUCACAGCGACUGCCCCUCCUUAGACAGACUCGCCACAGCCUCUCACUCUUUCAUAUACAGACAGACAGAUACAACACAGACAGUGACUCUCUGCUUGCUUGGCUCGACUCCAGCUCACGUGCUCUAUUUCGGUUUGUAUGAUAUUUAAAGUUAGUUGGUAGACUUGUUUCAUUACGUACGCGGUGCAUUUGACAAGACAACGAGUUGAAAACGGCUCGUGUGGCAUUGGUCACUGCCCCCACUCCGGACAAGUUUUUUUUUUAAAGGUUUUCCUCAGCUCAGCUCGUAUCUAAAGUUACUUGGUAAACUUGCUUCAUUAUGUACGAGGUGCAUUUGACGAGACAGAGCUGCUCAUGUUGCAUGUCUGCUUGAUUUGAGUGGUGACUUAAAGUCAGUUGAAAAACUUUGCUCGCAGUACUGAACGCGGCGCUUUUGAGAAAACUACAGUGAACACGGCUGACGUGUUCAAUGACGGUAAAAGUAACCUUUAUUUCAUUCAUCAUUUCUAUGCAUUUCAAAUUGUUUUCUGCAUGUAAAACUAUAAAAAUGUGUUUCUGGAACGUAUUAAUGGGAUUGACAUUGUCUGUUAUGAGAAAAAUUGAGAACGUUUUGGUUAGAGUCUGACCUUCUGGAACAGAUUAACGACGCUAACCAAGGUUGCGCUGCAGUGAGUGGAGGAGGGGAAAAGAACAGAAACUGCAUGUUUUUCGGCUGGGCAAUCACUGUAUGACAAAUUGUGCUAAAAAGGGGAAGAACAUUUCCUAAGUUGUGCCUCUCGUACACACACAACCCAGACAUGUAGAGUCAAAUGAAAGUCAAGUGAAAUGUCUGGUAAUGUUUCAUUUGCAGCCUGCUGCUAAGUUACCUCACAUACUACUUUCUUACUGUCUCGCAUGCAGCCACAAAUACUGGCAUGCCAAGAUGCCGAUGUUUUUGUUUAUUAUUGGCCCUCACCUGUACAGUAAUCUCUUGUUUAUCGCUGUUAAUUACUUCCAGACUUGACAGUGAUAAGUGAAUUACUUCAUAAUAAAUGUAAUAUCUCUGUAGUUACAGCAUAAAUGCAGGUUUUAACGUUAUUACAGUUCUCUGAGAAAUAACAUGAAAUAACACCCCUAUAGUCACCUUUACACUGCUAUUACCACAUAUACAGAAUAAUUCCAACCUGCAAUACAAGCCUGCUGUUCAGCGAUCAAGUCUGGCGUUUGUGUGACUCACCAAACAUUACAUUAACACAUUACUGACACCUAGUGGCCAGUGUGAAAACUACUUCAGGAUCUUUGAAGACAUGUCAAAUGAGUGUGUCCAACCUCAGCAGCCAUGGCGUGCUGUGAGAGGCCUUGCUUACGCAGCUCAACAA